AUAAUAUCAAUUAACUAAAGUUUUUUCUACGCAAAAACGAGUUUGUUAAAGUAUCUGUAUCGGUCCUCUUCUUCCCCGUUCCCAUUCCCUCCAUUAAUAUCGGUGACUGUGAAAUUUUGAGAGAACGAGUCAGUACACAUAACUUGAAUUGAGUCUGCCAUAUCCUCCUCCUCAACACCUUCAAAUGACUCAUUCAGGAAUCAUCAUGACUCAUGAGAGUGCGGAGAUAGAAUCUGAUGACGCAUAACUGUUAACAGAAUUGCCCGGUGCAUUUUUUUUGGUGAGUUGGGUUUUUCUUGUAUGUACCCAUGAAAUCGAGCUAUCAACAGGGUGGAGUUGACAAUACUCGUACUAAGAUUUUACUGUCGUCGAUGUCGGCAAUGGUGGCCGAGUCCACAACUUUCCCAAUAGACCUGAUAAAGACUAGGCUCCAACUCCAUGGCGAGUCACUUUCCUCAAGUCGUCCAACCGGUGCAUUUCGGAUUGGUUUGGACAUUAUUCGGGAACAAGGUCCUUUUGGCCUUUAUAAGGGUUUGUCUCCAGCAAUUUUAAGACAUCUAUUCUACACACCUAUUCGAAUUGUUGGAUAUGAGCACCUAAGGAGUGUUAUUUCGGCUGAUAAUGGAUCGCCCUCUAUCAUUAGCAAGGCUGUUGUUGGUGGAAUCUCUGGUAGUAUGGCUCAGGUUAUAGCAAGCCCAGCUGAUCUUGUCAAGGUGAGGAUGCAAGCUGAUAGUCGAAUGAUGAGCAGAGGUCUUCAACCUCGAUAUUCAGGGCCAUUUGAUGCUUUUAACAAAAUCCUUCAAGCUGAAGGAUUUCAAGGACUGUGGAAAGGUGUUUUUCCUAAUAUCCAAAGAGCCUUUUUAGUGAACAUGGGGGAAUUAGCCUGUUAUGAUCAUGCUAAGCAAUUUGUUAUUAAAAGUAGGAUAGCCGAAGAUAAUAUUUAUGCCCACACAUUGGCUUCCACCAUGUCAGGUCUUGCGGCAACUUCUUUAAGUUGUCCGGCCGACGUUGUCAAGACUAGAAUGAUGAAUCAGGCAGCUAAAAAGGAAGGGAAUGUCUUAUACAGUAGCUCCUAUGAUUGCUUGGUAAAGACAGUUAGAGUUGAAGGAAUAAGAGCACUAUGGAAAGGAUUCUUCCCCACAUGGGCAAGGCUUGGUCCGUGGCAAUUUGUGUUCUGGGUUUCCUAUGAAAAGUUUAGAAAAUUUGCUGGGCUCUCUUCUUUCUAGGAUAAUAUUUUGAGUUAUGCUGUUAAACAUUCAUUCAAGAUAAAUUCACAACUCACAGCCAUAAGAGUGAGUGCACGCACUGAAAUCUCUUUCUGUUGCUUGUACUAUUAAUUGGAAGCAUAUCUGUGUA